AUGGGGGCUGACCACCGACCUAAGGGGCCCCCAGGCCCAGGUCGGGGUCACACUCCCGCCUCUGGCCCUGGACCAGUUGGUCCACGGGCAAAAUACCAUAGGUCUUACAGACCAAAAGUCAGACAAUCCAGUCUGAUGAUAAGAAAACUCAGGGCCAUCGUGGCACUGCUGACCACUCUCUGUGGGCUUCAGACUCAACAACGCGUGUGCUCCAACAGAGUGAACAUCGGUAAGGCCAGGAUGCCACCACCCCGUAGGCUAGGACCUGUACUGAGCACGCCUGAUCCUACCAGACGAACCGGCAAUGGAAGGCGGAGGAAGCAAACCUGCAAAGAAGAAGCCAUGGACACUACUCCUCCAUACACUCCACCUCUGGAGGAGGAGCCCAUGGACACCACUCCCCCAUAUGAGCCACCAGAACUGAUGGACACCACGCCCCCAUAUGAGCCACCAGAACUGAUGGACACCACACCGCCAUAUGAGCCACCAGAACUGAUGGACACCACACCGCCAUAUGAGCCACCAGAACUGAUGGACACCACACCGCCAUAUGAGCCACCAGAACUGAUGGACACCACGCCCCCAUAAGAAACAUCUUGGGCGGAUCCACACCUCCCCAUGUUCCACCACGGGAAGAGCCCAGGGAUAUCACACUCCCAACAUUCCACCAUGGGAGGAGCCUAUUGACCCACACCCUCCUGUGCUCCCCCAUGGGAGGAGUCCCUGGACACCACAACCUCCCAAGCUCCACCAAAGGAGGAACCAAUGGAUACCACAAUGCCAUAGGCUCCUCCUCCAGUGUAGUGCCUGGACACCACACCCUCCUACGCUCCACCAAGGGAGGAACCAAUGGAUACCACAAUCCCAUAGGCUCCUCCUCCAGAGGAGCCCAUGGGCACAACACCAACCUAUACUCCCCCUCCAGAGGAGGCCAUGGACCCUUCACCCCCUAGUUUCCAGCAUAGUCCAUGGAAAGGUCAACCACGUCUCCUGCCCUCUGUUUUCCUCCUGCUGGUCCCAGGGGCAGUUUUAUGCCUGGCCUUCCCAUCUUUCCUUGCAUCUUCAUACCCAGUUUCCCAGCACCUAUGGAUAUAGACCCUCCCGCGUGACCCUUCCUCCCUCCCCUCCAGGACAUGGCACAACUCUGCCCCCAGGCAGCUCCUUUCAUGGCCUCCAGCUGGCUCCUCACCACACAAGAGUCUUAUUUAAUAUUAAACACCAUAAUCGUUCUGUUUUUUGUGUCUGUGCUCUGUAGAUCCAGUGUGAGAAAUGCUGGCUUGUGUGAGUGCUGACAGGAGGUCAGAUCCUAGGGAAAAUGUUCCUGUGGUGCAAGAAACAGGGGCUGGAGGGUUGGGGGCUAGGGAGUAGAAGGAGCCAAAGGCCAUAAUGACUCCUCCUGAGCAGAAAAAGCUGUGGCUGAUGGGCCGGCACCUGUGCCGGCAUAGUGGGUGAAGCUGCGGCCUGCAGUGCUGGCAUCCCAUAUGGGUACUGGUUCAAAUCCUGGGAGCUCUACUUCUGAUCCACCUCUCUGCUAUGGCCUGGGAAAACAGUAGAAGAUGGCCCAAGUCCUUGGGCCCCUCUACACAC